AGUACUGUAUAUUUUUCAUAAAUUAGACGAACCCGUGAACUAUGACUAUAGUUCGUAUAAAUGCGUUGUUACGCAAAGGAGUACGGUAAAUCAACAAAACGAAAUGAGAAGAAGCUUUUGGAUAAUAAUUUUAUAACUCACAUAGAUAGUCAGCGAUUAUCGUGAUCUAUGAUAAUAAAUAAUUCGUAUAUCCUUAUAAGAAAGUAUUUUAAUUAUAUAUCAUAAAUUAUUCAGAAUUCAGUGCACAACUAUAAAGUGAAUGUAACAACGAGACACAAAAAAACUGAUUUUGUAGGGAAUGUCGCUGCUCGUAUCAUCUUGCGCCUGUUCCAGCGUAAGAGAAACUAAGGAUGAGUUUUCAACAGCAGCAAUGAAGUCUACUAAGCAUUUGAAAGAUGACGAGGAUUGGCAACUGCCUUUGGCAUUUAAUAAGUCUAGGCACAUGGUUACUAUUGAAGGUGUUAACUGCAUCACCCAGACCUGGCGUAUGAAGGAGCGGAUGAAAACAGUGAGUGUUGCUUUGGUACUUUGUUUGAAUGUAGGUGUUGACCCCCCAGAUAUCAUUAAAACACAACCUUGUGCUCGACUUGAAUGUUGGAUUGAUCCUUUGUCAAUGAGUCCUCAAAAAGCUUUAGAAACAAUAGGUUCCAAUUUGCAGAAACAGUAUGAAAGAUGGCAGCCUCGUGCUAGAUAUAAACAAAGUCUUGAUCCUACUGUGGAGGAUGUAAAAAAACUCUGUACAUCUUUAAGGCGAAAUGCUAAAGAAGAGCGAGUUCUCUUUCAUUAUAAUGGACAUGGAGUACCAAAACCAACUAGUAAUGGAGAGAUUUGGGUAUUCAAUAAAACAUACACACAGUAUAUUCCUUUAUCAGUAUAUGAUUUGCAAACAUGGAUGGGAGCUCCUAGUAUUUAUGUGUAUGACUGUUCAAAUGCAGGUAUUAUUGUCGACUCUUUUCAACAAUUUGCAGAGCAGCAUGAGAAAGAGUAUGAGAUGGAAAAGCAAGCAAUACAACAAAAUAGGACUGCAGGCACUAUUUCUGUAGCUGCACCUUCUUAUAAAAAUUGUAUUCAAUUAGCUGCUUGUACCGCUAAUCAAAUAUUACCAAUGAAUCCAGAUCUUCCAGCUGAUAUAUUCACUUCAUGCCUUACAACUCCUAUUAAAAUUGCAUUGCGCUGGUUUGUGAUGCAAAAUACAUCAAAGUUAGUGCCAAAAGUUUCCUUAGAGCUCAUUGAUAAAAUACCUGGUCAGCUUACAGACAGAAGAACAAUGUUAGGUGAACUUAAUUGGAUAUUUACUGCAAUUACAGAUACAAUAGCAUGGAAUACAUUACCAAGAGAUUUAUUUCAAAGGUUAUUUAGGCAAGAUUUGUUAGUUGCUAGUCUUUUUAGAAACUUUUUAUUAGCAGAACGAGUUUUACGUUCCUAUGAUUGUACACCAGUUUCUUGUCCAAAAUUGCCACCUACAUACCAACAUCCAAUGUGGCAGGCUUGGGAUUUAGCUCUCGAUUUAUGUUUAGCACAAUUACCAACUAUUUUAGAAUCUGAAGAUCGAUUUGUUCACUCGCCAUUUUUUGAAGAACAGCUUACUGCUUUUCAAGUAUGGUUAACUUUGGGUUCUAGGACUCGUAAUCCUCCUGAGCAGCUUCCAAUAGUGCUCCAAGUAUUAUUGAGUCAGGUUCAUAGACUGAGAGCAUUAGAAUUAUUGGGACGUUUUCUCGAUCUUGGACCAUGGGCAGUUAAUUUAGCUUUAAGUGUUGGAAUCUUUCCUUAUGUACUGAAAUUAUUGCAAAGUAAUGCUGGGGAACUUAGGCCACUCCUUGUUUUUAUAUGGGCUAAGAUACUUGCUGUUGAUAAUACUUGCCAAGCUGAUUUAGUACGUGAUAAUGGACAUAAAUAUUUCUUAUCUGUUCUUCAAGAUACUACUAUGCUGAGUGAAUAUAGAACAUUAGCAGCUUUUGUACUUGCUUGUAUAGUAAAUAAUUAUCCACCUGGUCAAGAAGCAGCUUUGCAAGGUAGUUUGGUCUCAAUUUGUUUGGAACAGCUUGGAGAUCCAAAUCCAUUACUUAGACAAUGGUUAUGUUUGUGUCUUGCAAGAUUAUGGCAUAAUUAUGAUAAAGCUAGAUGGUGUGGUGUACGAGACAUUGCACACGAAAAACUUUAUACACUUUUGCAAGAUCCUGUACCUGAGGUUCGUGCUGCAAGUGUAUAUGCAUUAGGAACUUUUAUAAACAGUGUAACAAAACGAAGUGAACAUGCCAAUAAUAUUGAUCAAACCAUUGCUAUGAUGUUAAUUAAUACAGUAACAAAUGAUAUGUGUCCUCUAGUCAGAAAAGAAUUAGUUGUAGCCCUUCAAUGGAUGGUAUUGCAUUUUGAAAAUUCAUUUGUUACUUUAGCUAUUGCUGAAGAAAAUAGCAGAAGAGAUCUAGUAGUUGAAACUCUUUCAUCUUUCAGUGGAAUGAGGAGAAUAAGUUCUAAAGAUAGAUUAAAAAUGUUAUAUUCAAAUAGUACUUAUUCUAUCGAUACAACGGAUGGCUUUGGUUCUGAUAAAAUUAAAAGAGUGUCUUCGGUUUCAUCAAUCAGUAGUUUAGGAAAUAAUUGGGAGUUUGUAAGGAAACCUUGCGAAAUGCUGGGACAUAGUUCUCUAGGAAACUUGCCUAGUCUUUCAUAUGGGAGUGUAUAUAUGAAGUUAUGGCAUGGAUUAUGUGGUCUUGAUAAUGAUCCACAUCCUGGUGUUGCAAUAAUGUCACAAAAUGUUACAAAUCAUAUUCGAAGUCAAAUAAAAGAAUCUUCAGCUCCAAAAGAAGUAAAUGAUACUAAAAUGUCAUCCUCAUUAUCAUUACCUCCAUCUCCAUCUAAUAGAAAUAAUUUUUUAAGCAAUAAAGAGGAAUCUCCACCUACUGCUAAUUCAACAUCUGAUCUGUUGCGAUCUACUAGAUUACCGGUACAUUCAAGUAGAGCAAGAAAGCCUGUACCAAAUACUAUAUCAGAAGAAUCAGAUGAAAUAAUAGGAGUUAGAACACCUUUAAUAACUUCCCAAUUUGUUGAGUGGAGUUGCGCUCAGUUUGCUCAGCCUGUGAGUUUUGAUGCAGAAGCCGAAUCUAUCAAUGAUGUUGAGAGUCGUGCAUAUCACGAACGUGAUUGGCGAUAUCUACGAAAUAAACGACAAAGAAAAGAAGUUCAGGAAGAACAAAUUAAAGCAGUAAAUGGACGUAUAGAAUCUCAAGUAUUCCAUACGCGAUGCCCGCAAUCACCAGACGUUUUACUUUUUCAUCCAUUUGAUUCUCACUUAGCUGUGGCAUGUAAAGAUUAUUUUGGCAUUUGGGAUUGGCAUAGUGGGACAAAACUUAUGUAUCAUACCAGUAGAGGUAGCAGACCAUCCCGUAUUACUACUUUGGAAUUUAUAAAUUCGCACGACGUUACUUUAUUAAUGGUAGGAUCAGAUGAUGGCUCUAUUAGAGUUUGGAAAAAUUAUUACAAUAUGUUUGGUCGUGAACCUACACUUUUAACAGCUUGGCAAGCUCUAGCUGAUCUUCAACCUGUUAUAAAAGGUUCUGCAGGUACUGCAGGUUUAGUAACAAGCUGGGAGCAACGUUCUUUGACUUUAGCAGUAACUGGUGAUGUAAAAAGUGUAAGGCUUUGGGAUGCUGAAACGGAAUUGAAAGUGCAGGAUAUACCAACAGGAGCUGAUUGCUGUGUUACUAGUUUGGAUACUGAUAAUCAUGAUUUUAAUUGUUAUAAAGGUAAUAUGAUGGUGCUUGGAUGUGGAGAUGGUUCGGUUCGACUAUUUGAUCGAAGACUUCCAUCUACAGAGGCAAAAAUUAUGACAUAUAGAGAACAUAAUGCAUGGGUACUUGGUGCAUAUUUAAGAAAAUAUACGAAUUCUUCCAUUAGGCUUAUUACUGGUUCUUCAUCUGGAGAUAUUAAGUUCUUUGAUAUUAGAAAAAAUUCAUCUGUUAAUACAAUACAAACGACACAGGGAAUAACGGAUUUUGUAAUGCAUGAAACAGCUGAUAUAUUUGCCAGUUCCACCAAUCAAUGUAUAAGCAUGUAUAAUAUCUCAGGAAACCAUUUAAAUACAAUUAAGUUUCAUGAAGGAUUUAUGAGUACGAGAAUUGGACCGGUAAGCUGUCUUAAUUUUCAUCCUCAUCGAGUUGUUUUGGCUGCUGGAUGUAUUGAUAGUACAGUCACUGCUUAUUCAUCUGAACAUCGCAGAUGACUAUCUGAAAUCGAACUCUUAUAGAGCUAUAUUUUUCAUUUCAUAUAUUGAAAUGAAUAAUUGAAAUAUAAUUAUAAAGAACAA